CUCUCUGUUUUAGAAAUCCUCACCUGAUCCGUAUCGCGUUCUUCCACCUUUAUGAGUCUCAUUUUUUCUACUAUUCCACCUCUGACUACACUUAAGUUACACUUAAGUCCAAAAAUACUCAAAUUCGUGAAAAGUUUAGACUUAAAACAAGCAGGAUGUUUCUUCUAACAGGAAGAAAUAUUUACAGUUUGAAGUGAGAGUUGAGUCUGAUAUAUAAUCUGUGUAAGAUUAGGGUGUUGGACCCGGCAGUGGGAGGAAUAAAAAAGGACUGAACAAGAUACAGAGAACAAAAGAGAUGGAUAAGAACUCUGAAUCCCAGAAUGUACUGCAUUAACCCAUUUUCAUACGCUGUUCCCAGAAAGGAGGAGUUUCACAGAAGAAUAAAAACAUCAGCGCACCAGAGUGCUUCCUCUCUGUUUUCCCGUAGCCUCCAUGCGGUCCUUUGGGGACACUCACACAUAAAAUCAUUUUGCUCACUGGCAGCAUUAAAGACUGCCUCUUUGAAUAAACCUUGGACCAUUGGCACUCAAAAACAUACACAGCCUGGCCAAAAAUAAAGUUGCCGUGGAGAAAAAAGUCACAUACUCUGAUCGUGUAUUAAUAUUAUUAAUGGUGCUUAAAAGCGCAUGUAGAACUUAAAAGGAUUUCUCAAUAGUUUCUUUGAUAAAUUGAGAUCUUAUUUCUGUGUCACAUAAUCAAGCCUGAUAGCUUCUUUGACUAUUUAUUCCUGAUAAUCUGGUGAUGCCCUUACUUUAUCCUUUUUGACCUGAAUAACUAACUUUGUUAAUAAUUGCCUCUGGCAUUUGUUAAUAGUUACUCAUAGCCAAACCAACAAGUGUAACAGAGGGGAGGCCUCCCAAACAAAUAACUAUGUUGGAGUUUAACUGAGUUUAUAAAAAUUAUGAUCACAUAUAAGGUUGAAGCAUUUUUAUUUUUAUUCUGUUCAUGAUGACCAUAUAUACUUUUUUAGUUGAAGAAAACUUGGUGUUUGAAACCGAUAAAUACCAUUCCACUGGUAAAGAGUAACUUAAAACACAUGCAAUAUGAGAUUACUCUGUUUCAUCUGAGAUCUUCCUGUCCUCUGUUCUCACUAACCUUCAUAAAAUAUGUCCACAUGCCCACAUAUUCCUUAUAAACUUAGUCAUUUGUGUCUCUUGCUAUAUCAGCUGCUGAGAUGUAUAUAUGUGGUCAUCUUCAUGGUAAGAUGAGGAAUUCAACUGAAUGGAAAAAAACUGUAAUCAAAGCAAUGGAAUGUAUUCAUAUGAUUGUGAAGGAGUAAGAAAACUUUUGCUAUAAGCAUAACAUUUUUACAAACAAAUGGGUUGUUUUUCACCUGUUUUUUUUUUUUUUUUUAUUCUGACAGCAUGUGUCAACAAUAACAGCAGGUUAGAUUAACAUCUUAAUUUACCACUUCACUACUUCAGCACGUGACCAGGUGAACUUCAUUCAGCCUUUGUUUGGAUUGAACACUGGGGAAUUUUGGUCAUGCUAUGACAAAACUGGCCCAGUGGGCAGAGCCUGCUCUGAAGUGUGUAUAAAAGACGUUAGUGAUCAGCAGCUCACAGUAACCUGAGAGAGGAAAGAAGAGACCACUUUCAGAUCAGAGCAGCACCAGCCAGCACAACUGAAACCAUGGUGUCAAUGAAAGUAACAGUGAUGAUGGUGACACUGGUUACUCUUUGUGUCCUGGCUACAAACACACAUGCAGCACUUUAUUGCUGUAGAAGACACCUGCCUGGAAAGCCUAGGUUUUCAGAUAUCAAGGGCUUCUCGGUGCAGAAACAGACAGAAUUUUGUCCGAUCAGUGCUAUCAUUUUCCACACAAAGAAAGGCAAAAGAUGUGCUGACCCCGCUUUGGAAUGGGUGCUGGACUACGUCAGCCGAAUAGAAUAUGUGGCACAGAAAGUUCAUCAGAAAGCACAAGGGGGGAAGAAAUAGAGCUUCCACUGGAAUAACCUGUGGAGGAUGCCGAGGCCAGCAACUGCAAACCUGUUUCCAAUUUUCGCUUUGCCUGCUGUCCACAAAUAGAAAAGGCUUUGCUGCUUUGUGAAUGCCAGCUUAAUGCAAAGCUGAUAUUGUAAUGCUGUAAAAGCAAUGCAUAUAGUGGCUCAGUUGUAAGAGCGCUGUACAUAUGUAUCAUGUUCUUUAUUAUUAAUUUUGUAUUCAUUUUUACACAAAAUAAAAACUUGCUUUGGAAAGAA